CAUCAGCAACAGUAUCGGGCAUUAUGGGGCGGCGAUGCUUUUCAUCCACACCGAUAACGAGACGUCUCGUUUAGAAAACCUGUAACAUCUGCAGGAGACACAGCUUUUAGCCCACAUUUUACCAGACACUGAUCUCGUUCUACAGUCUGCGGUAAACACAGCGGUGUGCGAUGGUCCAGAACAGUUUGAUGAGCAGCGCGGAGGACGUGGCGGAUCAGUUCCUGCGAGUGACGAAGCAGUACCUUCCCCAUGUAGCGCGAUUGUGUCUGAUCAGCACCUUCCUAGAAGAUGGUAUCAGGAUGUGGUUCCAGUGGAGUGAGCAGAAAGAAUACAUCGAGAGCUCGUGGGGAUGUGGCUACUUCCUUGCAUCACUCUUCGUCUUAAUAAACUUACUGGGCCAGCUGGGUGGUUGUGUAUUGAUCCUGACGAGGAAUUUUGUGGAGUAUGCCUGUUUUGGACUAUUUGGAAUCAUUGGACUGCAGACUAUUGCCUACAGCAUUUUGUGGGACCCAAAGUUUCUGAUGAGGAACCUGGCACUCGGGGGCGGGUUGCUGUUGCUACUGGCUGAGUCGCGUUCAGAAGGCAGGAGCAUGUUUGCUGGUGUGCCCACGGUGCGAGAGAGCUCUCCUAAGCAGUACAUGCAGCUGGGAGGACGGGUGCUGCUUGUGCUCAUGUUCAUGACCCUUCUCCACUUUGAUGCCAACUUCCUCUCUAUCUUACAGAACCUGGUGGGCACAGCUCUAAUAAUCCUGGUGGCAAUCGGGUUCAAGACAAAGCUGGCUGCCCUCACUCUGGUUGUCUGGCUCGUUGUCAUCAACGUCUACUUCAAUGCCUUCUGGACCAUUCCAGCUUACAGGCCUAUGCACGACUUCCUGAAGUACGACUUCUUCCAGACCACGUCUGUGAUCGGAGGUCUGCUGCUUGUGGUGGCACGAGGUCCUGGUGGAGUCUCCAUGGAUGAGAAGAAGAAGGAGUGGUGAGACUGGGCAAAGCUCAAAUGGCUCUCUUGCUCACUCUAUAGUGUGUGCUCAGCAGUAGUUUCCUGCAGCAUUAUCCCUCAAAGCAAGUGCACUAUAUAGGGAGUGAUGAGCAGUUUGAGACAUAACCUGUAGUGAAGGAACCGAGAAACCAACAACAUGACUCACUCUUUACUUCUGCAGCCCAAGCACUGUCUCACGUUUCUAUGGUUUCAGUGUGUUUUCUUCAUUUCUACAGGCACUUUUAGGUGUUAUAAUUUUGUCAUAUUUAUUAUUAGCAAAUAUGGCCAGAAUCUGUUUUUCAUCCCUAUUGUUAACAUAAUCAUUAAAGACCUGUUAUAUUAUUACAACAUUUUAAAAAUCCAAGAAUAUCCCCUCUGUUUGUGGUGCCAAUCACAGUCCACUGACCAAAGAAACAUUCCAUUUUCUCAUUUUUAUUUUUAUAUUCAAACAACUCUGGCUGCUCUGGUGUCAUCUGAGCCCUGUUGCCAUAUAAAUUUCUCAUACGUAUGUUAUAAUAACAUCAAGGGUUUUAUUGGUUGGCCUUGUAAGAUCUUCAGUAAUGGGUAUUUUUACACCACAUAGCUGUUUGUGAAUGUAUAUCAUAACUGUGCUGAUUCAAACUGUAUGGUUUCAGUGUGUAUGACGGCUGGUAUGUUCAUCAUUACAGCUCAGGAGUAUAACAGGCAAGAAUUAAGAGAUUAACCUAUGGUUUGAACCAAGUUUGUGUGUUUUCUGUUAUUUAAAAAAAAAAAGGUAAACUGUAAUCAGUGACCACCCUUAAUGGCCUUUUAGAAUCUUUUUUUAGUAAUAAUUAUUAUUAUUUUCACUUCAUUUCAGUAUAAAUAUGUUGAUUUAUUAUGUCAGUAUAUGCCAUUGUUAACUGUUUGUGAACUGUUGUCAGGUCACUAAAAGUUUACAGUAGCUGAUAGUAUUUUUCAAAAACAAGCAAAGCAAGAAUUUUAAAUAAAUGAAACCCUGUGGUUUGUAAUGUUUUUCCUCUUUGUACAAAAAAAAUUGCAGAAAAUGUUGGUUUUCUAAGUGUCUCAUAUGUUUUGAUAAAGGGGAAAAUAAAAAAGCAUAAAUGA